GCCGUUUAUCACUCUUCCAAAACCCUAGAGUUUGAGAAAGGCGGAAGCCCUAGUUCAGCAAUCGGAGCUUUUGCCGGCCUUUGCUUACUGAAUUCAACAGCCAUGGCUACUGCUAGGACCGUCAAGGAUGUCUCUCCUCACGAGUUUGUCAAGGCCUAUGCCGCUCAUCUGAAGCGGUCUGGAAAGGUUGAGCUUCCACCAUGGACCGACAUUGUUAAGACUGCAAGAUUCAAAGAGCUUGCUCCUUAUGACCCUGACUGGUAUUACGUGAGAGCUGCAUCCAUGGCAAGGAAGAUCUACUUGAGGGGAGGUCUUGGUGUUGGAGCAUUCAAGAGGAUUUAUGGUGGAAGCAAGAGGAAUGGUAGUCGUCCUCCACACUUCUGCGAAAGCAGUGGUGCCAUCGCCCGUCACAUUUUACAACAAUUGCAGGAGAUGAACAUUGUUGAUGUUGACCCAAAGGGUGGAAGGAGAAUUACUUCGAGCGGACGACGGGAUCUUGAUCAAGUCGCUGGCCGGAUUGUUGUUGCCCCUUGAUCAAUCAAUUCAUGUUUUGUCAAUUAGAGACCUUAUGUUUUGCCUGAUGAGAUACAAUUUCUUAUUCGCCAUUAAAAUUUUGGAUUGUGCUGUUGAAAGAUCUCCAGAUGGUUUUGAAUGGUCUAAAGUUCAUUUACAAUUCCUUUUGUUAUAUUUUUUCUGGGUUUUUUGCAUGAAAGAUGUUUCUAAUGUUUUAUCAACAAUAACUUUGAUGCUUA